GGUGCAGCGGAUGAGGCAGUUCUGGAGAACAUGAGAAAUGAGGAGUAUGAGAUCUGGAAGAAAAACACUCCAUUCCUGUAUGACCUCAUUAUGUCCCAUGCAUUGGAGUGGCCUAGCCUCACAGUUCAGUGGAUGCCUGAGGUCACAAAGCCAGAUGGGGAGGAUUACAAUGUGCAGCAGUUGCUUUUGGGGACUCACACAACUGAUGAGCAGAAUCACCUGGUCAUUGCAAGUGUCCAUAUGCCAAACGACGAUUACGAGGCUGAGGUCUCAGAGUAUGAUGGUGAAAAAGGGGAAUUUGGAGGCUUUGGCUCAAUGAUUGGCAAGUUUGAGAUAGAAACCAAGAUUAACCAUGAGGGAGAGGUGAACCGUGCCCGCUACAUGCCCCAGAACCCCUCCAUUAUUGCCACCAAGAGUCCCUCCUCAGAGGUGCUAGUGUUUGACUGCACCAAACACACCUCAAAGCCAGAUCCAUCUGGAGAGUGUCGGCCUGAAAUGCGUCUCAGAGGUCAUACGAAAGAAGGCUAUGGUAUUUCCUGGAAUGAAAAUGUGCUUGGCAGCCUGAUUAGUGCAUCUGAUGACCAUACAGUUUGCCUGUGGAAUCUUUGUAGUAUACCCACGGGGGAUGGGCUUGAUCCCAUUUCAACCUUUACCGGUCACACUGAUGUGGUGGAAGACGUUGCCUGGCACUUAGUCCACGAAUCACUGUUUGGAUCUGUAUCACAUGACAGGAAGUUCAUGCUUUGGGAUACCCGUGAAAGCAGCACUGUCAAACCCACCCAUUCAAUAAAUGCUCACAAAGAAGAGGUCAACUGUCUGUCAUUUAACCCAUUCAGCGAAGUUUACGUCGCCACCGGCUCUGCAGACAAGACGGUAGCUCUCUUUGACUUGAGAAACCCAAAGGUGAAGCUUCAUUCCUUGGAGUCACACAAGGAUGAGAUCUUCCAGGUCCAGUGGUCACCCCAUAAUGAGACCAUACUGGCAUCCAGUGGAAGCGACGGCAGCAUCAUCAUUUGGGACCUCAGUAAAAUCGGAGAGGAACAGUCAGCAGAAGAUGCAGCGGAUGGCCCAGCUGAGCUACUGUUUGUUCAUGGAGGCCACACAGCCAAAGUCUCUGACUUUUGCUGGAACGCCAAAGAGCGAUGGGUCAUGUGCUCCGUUUCUGAAGACAACAUCCUGCAAAUAUGGCAAAUGGCUGAAGAACUCCACCAGAGUCAUCGUUAA